CUUAAAACUAUUUUUAACCAAUAAAAUGCAAAAAAUUUAUUUUAAAAAUUGAAUUAUUAAUCAUUUUGUGUAUAAAAUAUUAUUUUUUCAUAAUUUUUAUGUAGAAAAGAUUAAGACAGUUUAAAAUGUUUGUAUUCGAUACAUUCGAUAAUUGAAAAUAAUUAUCGAUAGUUAAAAUUGUGUUAAAUUAUCGAACUUCGAGACCGAGAUGACAACUGAGUAUUUAAGUUUAGAAUUGGUCAGUCCACAGUGAUUUUCGCAUUGGAAUUUAUUUAUUUCAACUCAGAAAUUAAAUAAAAUAAUAAAAAUGAAAGCUUUCCGUACCACAACUCUUUUAGAAGCGAUUCGAAAUAUAUUUCGAGGUAGACCAUUUGAUGAUGGUUUGAGAUAUGCAGAUAACAUUUCUGCACGUACACAACCACCGCCUCUUGUACCAUUCGGGCCUUAUCAUAAAAGUUCAAAAGUAUAUUAUUACACUCGUGAUGCCAGGCGUUCUGUAGAAUCACCAAGUGUGAUAUAUACAGCAGACCAGUUAGAAGCAGGAAAAGUUGAUUUGUCUCAAGUAAACUUGAAUCCACUUAAGAAACAGUUGUCAGAUAAAUGAAUGCAAUAAAAUAAAUAUUAGUUAUACUUUAAAUGUAAUAUAUAAUAAAUAGAAUUAGCUUAAAUAGAAAUUUUACUUGUUAUUU